AUGGAAACCUCAGAUAUGGUUCAUUGGAAGACAAAUAAUCAAGCACUGAAAGAUGGUCGCCGAUCUUACGAGCUUGCCAAUUUUCAACGUUUCUUUUUAUCGUUCUACGAUUGUUCUUUUUGUAUUAUAAUAUCAAGCCAUAAUGGUGAGAUACUUUUCCCCUUUCUUUCAAUAGGAAACACUACGAGCCCUCCGCUUUCAACCAGCCAAUCAGUGGUGCUCGCCAGUUUGGCAUCAGUCUAUUUCAUAAUCGUAUUUGCUUCCAUAUUUGGCAACUCCGUGAUCAUCCACAUCAUCCGUACAGGUCACUCUUUGAAAACCACCACCAAUUACUUUAUCCUCAAUCAAGCAUGCGCAGACUUGAUCAUUACGUUCACUGUAAUGUUAAGCAUGCUAGGUGAUAACCUAUUUCAAAGAAAGUGGUUCGGCGGAGACUGGGGAUUACCUAUGUGCAGGCUACUGGUGUGGUUUCAUUUUCCAGCGGAGUACUGUUCGAUCUGGAGCCUCGUUGCCAUAGCCGUUGACCGCUAUUAUGCAGUGGCUCGCCCUUUGCAGUUUUCCCCUUUAUCUCACCAUACAAGGCUGGUAGUUUCCUUGAUUUGGGUGUGGUCUCUGUCUUCAGCAGCUGGAACGAUUUCUAUGGCCAAACUUAUCUUCGUGGAGGGAACUGGCCACUUUUGUGUCGUGGAUUAUUCUCAUGUUGAGCUGUCCGCAGCGAACGUUGUAAGCAUCUGCGUGUUGCUGUUUAACUUUGUCGUUCCUCUUUUGGCCAUGGCGGUACUCUAUUCAAUCGUGUGUUCUCGUUUGUUGUCUCGAGAAGUGCCUGGCGAUGAAGCUGGUCACAGUGCAAGGCACGCAGAAGCCAUGAAGACAGCAAAGAAAGUUAACCGAAUGAUGAUCAUCAUUGUUGUUUCAUUUACUCUAUGUUGGUUUCCUUUUUUCAUAUUUGUUGGUUUGGACAGUUUGCAUAAGAUUGAAAUUCCAUAUGCAGCACUCAAAUUUGUGGUGUGGUUGGCAAACGCUUAUAGUGCAAUUAAUCCUUACAUCUACUUGUCAUUAAGCGAUAAAUUUCGAAAGGAAUUUAUGAUUAUUCUGAACAAAUGUCGGAGCAGUUUUAGCUGUGGGUAAGAAUCUUUUAUCCUGCUAGCUACUGUCCUGCACCAAUAAAAUGGCAUGGCUGGUAUCGUCACUUUUUGCUUCUUUCUUAUCUAUGACUUUGGGUUUGUGCUUGGAAGCGUACAAAUCAAAGAAAUUGAAAACUUUUGACUCAUGUAUAGCGAAUGUACUACUUAAGGUACCUUAUAUCACCACAGAGGCGUAGAUCGAGUUUCUAUCUCAGUGCAACAAUUUCUUUAGCUGUUUUCAUAACGAUAACGAUUAUUAUGAUAAAAACAGUAAUGAUAAUCUUGAUAAUG